AUGGUACAAGGACAUUUUUGGAUUUCAUUUUAUUUUCCUGAAUUAAAGGUGCAUUUGGAUCCGAGAAAGUGCCUUGACAGGAUGUCGAAUUUUCAACGAACGAGAAGUAAGGUGUGGUGGGGUGAUUCACCGCCGGCCGCUGCUAGUCCCGUCGCGCAACCCGCUCGUAACCAGAAUAAUAGGGGACCAGAUCAAGAUUGGGAACCUCAGUUACCGCACUGGAUCGCCAAUCAGCCAGAACAAAGGAACAAUAGUGAUGAUAAUAUUGCCCAGGCGAACAAUGCUCCUAACCAGUGGCCUCUACGACAUGGAAGUCCAGGCAGUCACAAAAGUCAGGACUCUGGCUUCUCAGACUCCGACACAUCCCCACCGACGUCACAAUAUUAUUUAUCUCCAGAUAAUUCUGAUAGAAAUAAGAGCACAUGUAGUAACGACUCAAACAAUAACGAAAAUGUUACAGUUAAACAAGUGAUAGAUUUUCAAAGCAAGGACGUCACAGACAGCCCAAAUAUAAAUGUUAGUACAGACAGGCCCACCCCGAAACCCCGUUUAAGAAGUAGCAGUGUAAUACAAACUCCAUAUGAUUUGCAAAAAUACUGCGAAGUUCAUCAUGAUGCAGAACAUUUGGAAUUACUUAAAGACAAUACAAAUGAUGAAAUAAGUAAAUAUCCUUCACCAAAGAAUAUAAAUAAUCAUUUAACGCAGAAAGAAAAAACAAUAGAUAAAACUUCAGUGAUCCAUAACAGUAACAUAGAAAGUAAUAUAAAUACAAGUGCAAUACUUAAAGAAACCAAAGAUAUAAACAAAAACUUGAAUAUUAUUAGCCCGUCAAAAAAGUAUCCUCUUAAGAAAUUUGUGUCUAGUACUGAUAGCACUAAAAUAAGUAAAGUGGCAAAAGUUAAAGAUCUAGAAACAAGUAAAAAUAGAUCAGACGAUAGUUUAGAAUAUAUUAAAUUGGAACACAAUAAUGAAAUUGCUGUUAACAAUCAACCAAGAAUGCGAACACCAAUUUCUAACGUGUCAUAUGUACCUACGGAACGAAUUAUCGCCGUAAAACCAGAUUAUAAACGUAGUAUGUCAAAUGAAGAAGAAUCACCAAUAACUACUACGCCUAAAUUUCAAAGAAAUAGAUUAAAUCAGUCGUUGAAUUUCGAAGGACAAAGACUAGAUCAACAAAUACUAGACAUACAGGAAGGAUAUCAUUCCCUAGGCUACAUUGAUGAAAACGAUUUAGGCGAAGAAAAGAAAAUAUACCCAAAAGAACACAUGCAUAAACCAACUAAAGCCUUACUAGCUAAAAAUAUAAUGGACAGUCUCCAUUUAAAGCCUACUAAAAAGGCUGGACCCAAAGCAAAACAAAGAACGGCAGCCAAAGAAAAAACAAAAGACCUUUUGAGACUAUUUCCCUCUAAGAAAGAAAAAUCCCAUGUCGUAGAAAGUCAUGCAGGUGGUAUCUUAGAAGGAAGCCGAGUGCCGUCUUUGGGGUUACCGAGAACUACAGAUGAAAAUUCUUGGGUUAUUGUGGGACAUCCUCAGAAAGAGAUGCUUAUACCUCAUUAUAAUGAAAGGCUCAUUGGUAGUGAGAGCGAAAUUCAAGCAAACAAAGAUAAAACCAGUAACGACGAAAGCCUGAAAUAUAGACGUGUAACGCCUCCAUUGGAGUUUCAAGAUAAACAAAAGACCCCAUAUGAAUCCAAAACAAAGACAAAUAAAAGUUUAACACAUGACACAAAGAGAGAAAAAUUAAAAGAUGAAGAUAUGAAUUUCGGGGAUUUACAAUUAGAUCUAGCAUGUACAUCUACGCCAAAAAUGUUAGCACCUCAAGACUACAUUAACGGGACCCAAAGCAACAAACACGCUCGUCGAGUGAAUCUUUUAGAUAACUUUAACAGUAGCGGGCUCGUGUUGAACAAUCAGAACGAGAUAUUGUACAGAGAAAGGAGUAUAGACCAAACGACAUUAGAAAGGUUAUGUGACAGGAAGCCAGAACCAGUGCAAUACUGGUUGUGUGACUUGAUCGGUUCAUGUGAGAACGAAUGCAUGACGACGCUGCAGAGUAAGCCAUUAGGAUCAGAGAUGAAGGCUUUGGUGUCGGCUAGCUCGGCCACAAUCACGGGCAACAUUAAAAAAGUCCAAACGCACGGACAGAUAAUAGUACACCAGUACAGUGACGUCCUAAGGCAAAUGGAGUCAAAGAGUACGAGCGAAGAACAAAUAUGCUUAUUAGUUGCGAAUAUAAACGAAUUCGUCCUGGCCCAUAGCAUUACGCUCAAUACAAAACCGCCGGGUGAAACGCCAGAAAGGUGGGACAAAAUCAAAAUGUCACUGCAGCUAUACCUACAAAAGCUAAUAGAUAUCGGCGAAGAUGUCAAAGUGGAACUGAAUGAGUCGCGACCGGAAUGGAACUUGGUAGAGAAGCAUUUGGAUACGCUGGUCGGCAUUUUCUUGGAGACAACAAAAGCUGUUCUUGUUCAGCAAAUGAAGACUUUAGUAUCGAUCAUCGAAGAGCCACCUUCAGACAUGAUUCUCAAAAGCACUUUAACUUCCAUCGGUCACUUGGCCAUGUUGAGUGGCAACGCUGAACCGAAUUUGCACGAGAAGUGCUUGAAAAUUAUAAAGAGCGUAACAGACUUACCAUUUGUGGACUGUGGGGUCCCCAGGGCUUUACUGACAGCUAUUAUAGAAUCCAAUAAGAGUUCAGUUAAGGCAUUGUCCCUGAGGGCUUUGGCGACGGUUUGCGUAACAGCGGAGGCGAUCAAGCAGUUCGAAGAGGGUGGAGGUAUAGAAAUUUUAUCUGACAUACUGUCAGAUUCGUCGAACCCCGAACCGCAGAUGCGUGAGGCAAUCACUGUGCUGACUCAAAUCACAGCACCUUGGCUGAGAGGACACCAUGAUUUGACUCAGUUACAUGUUUAUUUGAAUACGAUUGUCAGUAAUAUUACUGCUCUUCUCUCUAGAACAGAAUGUUGCCAAUUGCUGCUUCUGUGCACUGCGUGUCUUGUAAAUUUAGUUCGAGAGUUGGAACUAGAAAAGGAUGAGCAGACAAAUAACAGCGAUAUUGUAGACGUUUUGACGAAGAACCGAACAGUUGAGAGACUACUUGAUGCUAUAAAACGGCGAGGGCCGAAUAUCUCUGUGUUUUUACAGGAGCAAACUGCAUCUUUCCUAGCAUCACUAUCGCGUGUAAACCGUAUGAUAUUGCACUUAUCGUGCGUGCCAGCCGCGAGUGUUGCUCUAGUAUGCUUUACGCGUUCUGCGCCCGCGCAUGCACCCCGACCGGCUGAACUUCGUGCGCAAUAUCGUUUGCACUGUCACGCUGUUGAAGCUAUAUCCAGACUUGUUAUUGUUCCUGAAGUUGCACAACAAAUAGUACAACUAGAAGGCAUUCCUCAUCUUACUCGCUUGGUUAGGAUGCAGAGAACGCGUCCACACGUUGAAGCCAACCCCGAUCAAACUCUUAUACAUUGCCUCAAAGCUCUAAGGACUCUUUAUAAACACCAACCGGAGUGUUUUAAAGACUACCAAAAAGACGUGGAAGACAUGAUCCGACCGCAUUUAAUGGAAUCUCUAAUGCUGUUCUCCGCGAAGCAGGAAAGUUAUGUUUAA